AACAGCCGCCAGCAGAGAGCAGCCAUGAACCUUCUGACGCGGAGUCGAUGGGCCUCGUCGAUCUGUUCGACCUGCAGCCGGCUGACCAUGUAUACCGGGAAAUCCCGCUGCCACCAGCUGACCCGUCAACGUCCGUCGACCUUGUGCUCGUCCCGGACAACGUUGUCGAGGUUCCGGAAGUCCCGCCGCCGUCAGAUGACCGGACAACACGAGACGAGACCGCCAAUCGUUCCCACGGCGAGUUCCGGCCAGGCCGAACUGGAACCGGAUAUCGCCGACAGGGGCCGAGGUGUCGACGACGCAAGCCGGGCGAUGGCAGCCGUGGACGACCCCGCUGCCAAAUCUAA